AUGGAUGUCAAAGGCAAGGGCAAGGUGGCCGAGUCGGCCAAACCUGAGGACGAUUUGCUUCCUUGGGUCGAGAAAUACCGUCCCUCGUCCUUGGACGACAUCAUGUCACAUCAGCACAUUGUAUCGACACUCGAAAAGUUUGUCGAGGCAGAUCAGCUCCCACACCUCCUUUUCUAUGGACCUCCCGGUACAGGUAAGACGUCGACGAUCAUGGCCCUGGCCGCUCGUCUCUACGGCAAGUCGUACAGGAACAAUGUCCUCGAACUCAACGCCUCCGACGAUCGCGGUAUCGAGGUGGUGCGUGGCCAAAUCAAGGCCUUUGCUAGUACACGCAACGUCUUCAGUACCAAUCAGGAUACAUUCAAGCUGAUUGUGCUGGACGAGGCAGAUGCGAUGACCCAAGCAGCUCAGGCGGCCUUGCGUCGCGUCAUGGAGCAAUACACACGCAACGUGCGUUUCUGCAUCAUUUGCAACUACGUGAACAAAAUCAUCCCUGCUAUCCAAAGUAGGUGCACACGCUUCCGAUUCUCUCCUCUUGAGUCGGCUCAAGUCGAGCGCCGCAUCGAUUCGGUGAUUGCAGCUGAGCACUGCCGCAUCGAACCCGCCGCCAAAGAGGCCAUCCUGCAGCUGUCCAAGGGCGAUAUGCGCCGUGCUCUCAAUAUCCUUCAAGCAUGCCACGCAGCCAACGAUCUCAUCGACGAAGAUAGCGUGUACAAUUGCACAGGUCAUCCACACCCACGCGACAUUGAAAUGGCCUUCCAAGCGAUGAUGCAACAAGAAUUCACCACAGCUUACCAAACUAUUCAAAUGCUCAAGACAGAAAAGGGUACAGCGCUUACCGAUCUUCUUACCGGCAUGCUGGACCUCGUCAUGUCGCUAGAACUCUCCCCAGCGUCGCGCGCCUAUCUCCUGGACCAAAUGGCUCAGAUCGAGUACCGACUCAGCACCAACGCCUCGGAACGCAUUCAAGUCUCAGCGCUUUUGGGCUCUGUGAAAGCAGCCGUGGAAAUCUCGCAGAAAAACUAG